ACUUCACCCUCUCCAUCACUGACAAAAAAACAACAAAUCUCUCUAUCUCUCUCUCUAGAAUGAACUUUCACAACUAUUCUGCUUUUUAGCUCUCUCUACUUCUACUACGUACUAAAAGUGGCCACUUUUUCUCCUGCUAUAUUCUUCUCUCUUUUCAUCUACUCCGUUGCCCAAAAUGGCCGACGAAUCCACCCAACCACCGCCGCCCGCGCCUGAGGUAGAAGCUCCGCCGCCGCCGCUGCCGGAGGAGGAGCCGCCUCUUGCUUCGGUGGAGAUACCGCCUCCUGCGGCGAAGGAGGAGCAUCAUGCCGUUGUUGCCGUGGUUGAGAAAGAGGCCCCUCUAGCUUCCUUUUCGCCGCCGCCGCCGCCGGAGGAGCAUGUUUCCGUUACGGUGCCUGCGGCGGCAGCGGGGGUGCAAGAAGAGGGCGCUGCCGAAUCGGAGGAGUCGAAGGCGGCUGAAGUGAAGAAGGCGCCGGAAGCGUUGGGUUCGUUCAAGGAAGAGAGCAACGUCGUCUCAGAUCUCUCCGAAUCGGAGCGAAAAGCGUUGGAGGAAUUCAAAACCUUAGUUCAAGAAGCUCUUAAAAACAACAUUUUUAACCCCACCCAAGCCCCCAAAACCACCGAAGAACCCUCAUCGGAAAUCUCGAAUUCGCCUCAAGAACCAUCAAUCUGGGGAAUCCCACUCCUGAAAGACGACCGGAGCGACGUGAUUCUACUGAAAUACCUCCGCGCUCGCGAUUUCAAGGUGAAGGAAUCAUUCGCGAUGCUAAAGAACACUCUACGCUGGAGGAAAGAAUUCAACAUUGACGAGCUAGUAGACGAGGAACUCGGAGACCACCUCGAAAAGGUUGUCUUUAUGCAUGGACACGACAAGGAAAGCCACCCUGUCUGCUACAACGUGUACGGGGAGUUUCAGAACAAGGAGCUAUACAACAAAACAUUCGCAGAUGAGGAGAAGAGGUCAAGGUUCCUGCGAUGGCGGAUUCAGUUCUUGGAGAAGAGUAUCAGGAAACUGGAUUUCAAUCCUGGUGGCACUAACACUAUCUUUCAAGUUAGUGAUCUUAAGAAUUCACCUGGACCUGGGAAACGGGAGCUCCGGAUUGCCACCAAACAGGCCCUCCAUCUUCUUCAAGAUAAUUACCCUGAAUUUGUGGCAAAGCAGGUGUUCAUCAAUGUUCCGUGGUGGUAUUUGGCUUUCUAUACGAUGAUCGGUCCAUUCUUGACACAGAGGACCAAAAGCAAGUUUGUGUUUGCCAGCCCUGCAAAGACUGCCGAAACUCUUUUCAAGUAUAUUUCUCCAGAGCACGUGCCAAUUCAAUAUGGUGGCCUUAGUGUCGAUUAUUGUGAAUGCAACCCGGAGUUCACUGUUGAUCAUCCAGCUACCGAGAUUAUCGUUAAACCUGCCACAAAACAAACUGUGGAAAUCAUUGUGAACGAGAAGUGCAUCAUCGUUUGGGAGCUACGUGUACUGGGGUGGGAGGUAACUUAUAGCGCCGAAUUUGUGCCAAAUACUGAAGGCAGCUACACCAUAAACAUACAAAAGCCGAGGAAGAUGGCACCAACUGACGAACCCGUAGUUUCCAGCAGCUUCAAAAUAAGCGAGCUUGGUAAGAUUCUGCUCACGAUCGACAACCCUACAUCAAAGAAGAAGAAGCUUCUUUACAGGUUCAAGGACAUCGCUUACUGUGAUUGAGAUCGAGGAUCUUUGUUCGUUAAAGGUGGAUGAUCUUAACUCGAUAACCCGAUUAUGGAGGAAGUGCCAACAUUCCUAUGAUGUUUUGGAACCAAGACGAAUGAUGUUUUGGACAGCAGGUACAUAGACUGAGAGAAGGUUGUUUCAUUGUUUGUACAACAGUGUGGUGUAUGUUUGGUUGUGUUAUGAUGAAUAUUUUGUUUAUUCAAUGUCUUUUUGUAACCUUUGACACUUACACAUCCUAGUUUUGAGUGGGCAAUAUACAUUGAAUUUUUCUAGUGUUAUUUCAAUAUAAUUCAUCA